GUCAAUCUUGUUCUGGCUGUCUGUCAUUCUUCUGUUUUUGUCAUUUCGUUUUAUCCCUUUCCCUUUGAAGAUUGUUCCCUGAAAAGGUAUAGAAAUCUUCGGAACAUUAUAUUAUUAUAAAAGUCCAAAGAAUAUUCAUUAAGUGAUGGCUCAACUAGCAGAUAAUAAGAAAAUUCUUGAAUUUUUGGAACUAGUUGGACGAUUGAAGCAUGUCAGAAGAACAGGGUGGGUGAUCUGUGAUAUAAACGAGUGUGAAUCGAUUGCUGGCCACAUGUACAGAAUGGGUAUGAUGACAUUCCUGCUCACUGAGGAGAACGAUCCUUCGAAAUUGGAUCGCUUCAGAUGUCUUCAAAUAGCUCUAGUUCAUGACCUAGCGGAAUGUAUUGUUGGUGAUAUAACUCCACAUUGUGGAGUGUCUCCGGAGGAAAAACAUCGCCAAGAAGAUGAGGCUAUGCAGAAAAUAGCUGAGUUAACGGGAUUUGCUGGAGAUAGAAUGUAUGAACUCUAUAAGGAGUAUGAAAACCAAAGCUCUCCUGAAGCGAAGUUUGCCAAAGACUUGGACCGCUAUGACAUGAUACUUCAAGCGUUCGAAUAUGAAAAGCGUGAAAACGCACCCAGGAGACUUCAAGAAUUCUUCUCUGCUACAGAAGGUAAAUUUAAGCAUCCCUUUAUUGUAGGUUUGGUACAAGAAUUGUACAAUCAAAGAGAGGAAUUUGAAAAGAAAUCUCUUUUGAAUGGAAGCGCAUAGAUAUUUUAUGAAUAGCUUUUGAUAGUUUAUUUCGAAAUAAGUAAUGAAGUAAAGAAUGUUAAGAAUGCUUUACUAUAUUCCUCUCUAUUAAGAAAUCCCUUUAUUGGUUUUACCAAACGCUUUGUCAUAAUGCUCCAAUGUUAAGUAUAAUUUUAAUAUCUAGCCUAAUACAUCACUUACAUAUUAUAACAAAGUAUUCUCACAGUGUAAGAA